GCGCAGGCAGUCGGGCUGCUGGAGUGCGGCGCCGCCGCGGGACCCGGGAAGCCGGCUGACGCGCGGGCUGGCGAGGCAGAGGGGGGUUGGUGCGCGGGGCGCGGCGGCUGCGGGGCGUAGGGCAGGGGUCUGCAGGGCUGCCGUCUCCCGGGGGCCAGCCUCGCCGAUCCCGGAGCUGGGUCUGAGCCCCGCGCACGCCAAAGACGAGGCGGCUGUGGCAGCAGCGGCGGCCCCAGCCAUGCUGUGCUAUGUGACGAGGCCGGACGCAGUGCUGAUGGAGGUGGAGGUGGAGGCGAAAGCCAACGGCGAGGACUGCCUCAACCAGGUGUGCAGGAGAUUGGGAAUUAUAGAAGUUGAUUAUUUUGGACUGCAGUUUACGGGUAGCAAAGGUGAAAGUUUAUGGCUAAAUCUGAGAAACCGGAUCUCCCAGCAGAUGGAUGGGCUAGCCCCUUACCGGCUUAAACUGAGAGUCAAGUUCUUCGUGGAGCCUCAUCUCAUCUUACAGGAGCAGACUAGGCAUAUCUUUUUCUUGCAUAUCAAGGAAGCCCUCCUGGCAGGCCACCUCCAGUGUUCCCCAGAGCAGGCAGUGGAACUCAGCGCCCUCCUGGCCCAGACCAAGUUUGGGGACUACAACCAGAACACAGCCAAGUACAGCUAUGAGGAGCUGUGUGCCAAGGAGCUCUCCAGUGCCACCUUGAACAGCAUUGUGGCAAAGCAUAAGGAGUUGGAGGGGACCAGCCAGGCUUCGGCCGAAUACCAAGUUUUGCAGAUUGUGUCGGCGAUGGAAAACUACGGCAUUGAAUGGCAUUCUGUGAGGGACAGCGAGGGGCAGAAGCUCCUCAUUGGGGUUGGACCUGAAGGAAUCUCCAUUUGUAAAGAUGACUUCAGCCCAAUUAAUAGGAUCGCUUACCCUGUGGUGCAGAUGGCCACCCAGUCAGGGAAGAACGUGUACCUGACCGUCACCAAGGAGUCUGGGAAUAGCAUCGUGCUCUUGUUCAAGAUGAUCAGCACCAGGGCGGCCAGCGGGCUCUACCGAGCCAUCACAGAGACGCAUGCGUUUUACAGGUGUGACACGGUGACCAGUGCCGUCAUGAUGCAGUACAGCCGAGACCUGAAGGGCCACCUGGCUUCUCUCUUUCUGAAUGAAAACAUCAACCUGGGCAAGAAGUAUGUCUUCGAUAUUAAAAGAACCUCCAAGGAGGCGUACGACCACGCCAGGAGGGCUCUGUAUAACGCGGGUGUGGUGGACCUCCUGCCCAGAAGCGACCCCAGCCCCCCGAACUCUCCCCUGAAGUCCUCGGAGAGCAGUACCAGCUGCAGCAGCUGCGAGGGCCUCGGCUGCCAGCAGACCCGUGCCCUCCAGGAGAAGCUGCGCAAGCUCAAGGAGGCCAUGCUGUGCGUGCUCUGCUGCGAGGGCGAGAUCAACUCGGCCUUCUGCCCCUGCGGCCACACCGUGUGCUGCGAGAGCUGCGCCGCCCAGCUCCAGGUGAGGGUCCCCCGGCUCCAGGAGAGGGGCCGCCUGGCUCCAGGUGAGGGGGUCUACCUGGUUAUAGGUGAAGGGGCCACCCAGCUCUAAGUGAGGGUCCACCCGGCUCUAGGUGAGGGGGCCGCCUGGCUCCAGGUGAGGGUCUCCCCGGUUACAGGUGAGGGGGCUGCCUGGCUCCAAGUGAGGGUCCACAUGGCUCCAGAUGAGGGGCUGCUGCUUAGCUGGCUGCCACGGGCCAGGUGCUGACUUGUGGAGGCACUGAUGGAGAAUGUCCAUGUCCACCCGGGGAAGGUCUUUGUAUUUGGUGACUAGGAAGGUGUGGCCCUUAGGAAACAGUAUAGGUUAGCACAGUCUUCUCGACAAUGUAAUUACUAAACCACAGGCUUCUUUCCAGUCCUGGAAGCGAGGCUCAGAUUUACACGGUAAGACAUCUAGUUGGUUGGCUGAGCUGGGUACUGGGAUCCAGGCUUGUUGGGCUGGUCAACUCCUUUUCUGUUUCAUGUUUUCUCUGCUUCCUGACAUUUAGGAGGAUGGUGUCUUUUACUUACUUAUUAUUUGGGGAAGAAUUCUUAGAGUUUUGGGUGAUGGUUAACUCUCAAUAGGUUGUUGCCUGAUUAUUUAUGAUUCCUUUCCUUUUAUUACCAACUGUGCCUCUCAGAUCCCCUUGGAUUGGCUCUCAGUUAGCAAGUCAAACUACUUUUAAAAUUUGUACCCAAAAUAAAAGUACCUCUUACAUAGUAGGUUUUCCUUUCUUGCACCUUGCGUUUCCUUUUACAAUAAUUUUUUCAGUUUGUUUUCUUCCCCCAGAACUGUUAGCUACAUGUCGCUGUGGUUUUAUGUAAAAUUAGCCCUAAAUAACUUCUAGUCCUUAAGAAGCUGCUAAUUUCAGGACUAUUUUUAGGGCUACACAUGAGCCAAGAGGAUGCCUGCAUCCUUCCUUAGGCUAUGCAACACACUCUUUCUCCAGGAGUGGUCAUAAAUUUGCCUUUUUCUGUCCACCUAGUCUGACCCUCACACCUAAGGCUCACCUGUGGUUGAGAAGGGGAUCUGCUUGCUGAGAGGCCAGCCUUGGGGUGGGGGUGGCGGGGGCGGGGGUGUGUGACUGUCCUAUGACUGGAGCAGCCAUGCUCCCUGGCCACAUGGCAUCUGCCCAGUGAUGUUGCCCAAGCCAACUAGCCAAGGACACAGUCUCUGGAAGGGUCUGACUGAAAACGUGAUUAAUUUCCUUCAGUUUAUACUUUUUCAUAAUCUUUAGUUUUAGUUACUUUUUAAACUUUUUAUUUAGUGUUGGGGUGUAGCCAGUUAAUAAUGUUGUGAUAGUUUCAGGUGAACAGUGAAGGAACUCAGCCAUCCAUAGAUAUGUAUCCUUUCUCCCUCAAACUGGCCUCCCAUCCAGGCUGCCACAUAACAUUGAACAGCAUUCCCUGUGCUAUACAGUAGGUCCUUGUUGGCUAUCCAUUUUAAAUGUAACAGUGUGUACCUGUCCAUCCCAAACUCCCUGACUAUCCCUUCUCCCCAUUUUCCCCCCUGGCAAUCAUAAGUUCAUUGUCUAAGUCUGUCUCUUUCUGUUUUAUAAGUAAGUUCAUUUGAUCAUUUCUUUUAACUUUUUACCUGUAAAGGGUGUCAGACUUCCCUUGUGACUCAGAUGGUA